CGGGGAUAUAACAAGGUUGCUCAAGCAGAAAAACGCAUUCAUGUUUUAUGGAGGCCUCGGUCGUUGCAAAACUUUCAAUGUAUCAUUGUGAUGGCGCGAAGGAACUAAAACAUUCUCUAAUACAAAAUACCGUUACCGUGUGGGACAUAUCAGAAGCUGAGAAGCAGCUUAUUCAACUGGAAGGAAUUGUGACAUUACGGGCUGAGCCGAGAGUCGCUGUCAGAAAAUUAAAGUCCAAAGUACUUCUGUGCGAUGAGUUCUCAGCUAGCUUCAAAGCACCGCUGUUUUCGAUCAAGGUUCUCUUCCAACAUCAGAAGAUGUGUUUGGCAAUCUCGACGUGCCCGCAAUAUAUCUCCAGGAGGAUAUAAAUAAACACAUGUGAGAACCAUUGUUUCUGUUUGCAGUCCGUGUCGCAGCGAUAUUUUAUGUUUGCUGGCGGCUUACUUUUUGAUAUCGAUUACACUUCCUAUAAAUUCUUAGCUAUGAAACUCG